AUGGGAGAGAAUCGUAUGAACGGUCAGAAUAUGAACAAUGUUCCCCUCUGGAUCGACAACAAGUCUGUGCAAUCGAAGACCACGUUCAGCGUAAUAAAUUCGACGACCCAGAAAGAAGUAUGGACUGCGUCUGCUGCCGAUGUGGAAAUUGCUCGAGAAGCUGUUGAUUCUGCUUCCAGAACGUUUCAAUUGUGGGCUCACACACAUCCAACAGAGAGGAGACGCAUUUUCUUCAAAGCUGCAGAAUUAUUCAGAUCCCGGCGAGACGAGAUCAUCGAAACCAUGGUUCAAGAGACCAACUGUAGCAGAGAAUGGGCUGCUGGAAUCAACAUGCACAUGGGAGUUGAGUUCUUGGAAGAGCUUGCAAGUCUUGCCACAACUUGCAGCAUGGGAUGGUUACCAACGACAGAAACUGAAAAUCGCUUGGCUCUUGUAUUCAGGGAGCCGUACGGUGUGGUGCUCGGAAUUGCACCAUGGAAUGCGCCGUUCAUCCUGGCAAUUCGAGCAGUAGCGACACCCAUCAUUUGUGGAAAUACUGCUGUGCUCAAAGCGUCGGAACUGAGUCCCAAGACCCACAACAUCAUUGGACAAGUUUUUCGCGAGGCAGGUCUGCCACCUGGAGUGCUAAAUAUCAUUCAACACGCCCGCGAGGAUGCUGCUGAUGUGGUCAACGCCCUGAUAGCACACCCCGCAGUUCGCAAAAUCAACUUCACAGGCUCGACGGCAGUGGGAAGAAUUAUUGCACAGCAGGCAGGCAGACACCUCAAGCCUGUUUUGUUAGAACUGGGCGGCAAAGCUUCGUGCAUUGUUCUUGAAGAUGCAGAUUUGGUCAAAGCCGCGAAGGCCGUCGUGAUGGGAGGAUUCUUGCAUCAUGGACAAAUUUGCAUGGCGACUGAGCGAGUGAUUGUCAUGCGUCCAGUUGCGGAGGCAUUCUUGAAGAUACUCGAGGAAGAGGCCCAUGGAUUUGUCGUAGGCAAUGCUGUGUCAACCGACGGAGCAAAGCAAACGGCAUCCCUGGUCCAGACUGCGGUAGGACAGGGAGCUCGCCUAGAAUUCGGACAUCCCUCUUGUCUCAACGCAUCUCUCCAACCAACAAUUCUGAGUGGUGUAACAAAGGACAUGGAUUUGUUCUAUGCCGAGAGUUUUGGACCUACCUUAAGCUUGACCGCAGUUGACACUGUGGAUGAAGCGAUCGCACUGGCCAACGACACGGGAUACGGUCUCUCAGCGAGCAUAUACUCCAAGAAUAUCCCUAAGGCGUUGAGAUGUGCAAGGCGGAUUGAGACCGGAGCUUGCCACAUCAACGCAAUGACGGUCCAUGAUGAGCCAUUCUUGCCGCAUGGGGGAGUGAAAGAAAGCGGAUUUGGUAGAUUUGGCGCUCAAUGGGGAAUGGACGAGUUCCUCCAUGUGAGAACCGUCACAAUCCUCGACGAGGAAAAAUAG